UGUAACCUCCAUGAUGUGAUUGGCGUAUCGAUUGCCUGCUGGCUUUAUUUGUGUCAAACCGAACACAUAUUGAUGGAAUAAGAGACGAUCUUUCUUACAUUGCGGUCAGUGGAACAGUGCAUAACCUUUCAAUACAAGUGGAUGUUCAAACACAGCCUGUACUCUUUACAUAUUUUAAAUGAUAUGGCUUGCAUGACCUGGCCCUUAUGGGAUGGACAGUCUCUGGAGGGAUGCUAAACCAAACUGAGCAUAGAGGCAUGUGCAUGCUGCUAUCGUCAAUGAUGUCUGGAACUGAGCCACAUACCGACAGAGAGGAGGACUACAGGUUUCUCCACAGCAUGCUGAUGGAGAAGAAGCUUCACUUGCUCUUCAAGGUUCACGAGCAACUGAAGCGUUUUGAGAAGCGAAGCCCCGUCCCCGUCCAGGAGCACGCGGCGAAUCUGGCCUCAAGUUUGGCAGAGGAGCUCAUAUACCAGGGUUGGAGGGAGGAAGUCAAAGAGCUGCUUGCCCUCAUUUCCAAACCCCACUUUCAGAGUCUCCUGCAUGUCCAUGACGCUGUAGCUCAGAGAGACUUUGAGCCUGUUCUGCCACCCAUACCUGAUGACGCACUGGAGGACGAGGAGGAUUCGGUCAAAAUUGUCAGUUUGGUCAAAACCAAAGAGCCUCUGGGAGCAACAGUUAAGAGGGAUACAUCCACCGGGGCUAUUGUUGUGGCGAGGAUCAUGAGAGGAGGCGCAGCUGACAAAAGCGGCCUCAUCCAUGAAGGCGAUGAGCUGAAAGAGGUGAAUGGAGUCCCACUAGAGCACAGGAAGCCAAAGGAAAUCCUUCCUCUGCUGGCUCGCUCUAAGGAUGAAGUCAGGUUCAAAAUUAUUCCUGCAUACUCCAGGGAAGAAAUGUCAACAACUAAGCAAAAGCUGUUUGUGCGAGCUCUGUUUGACUAUGAUCCCAAUCAAGAUCCUAGCAUUCCAUGCAAGGACGCUGCACUCACCUUUAAAAGGGGUGACGUCCUCCAGAUUGUUAGCAUGGAGGAUGACACCUGGUGGCAGGCCUGUCACCUCGAGGACAGCAACGGUGGAGCUGGGCUCAUCCCCUCGAAGGAGCUGCAUGAAAGAAGAGUCGCUCUACAGCGACCCAAAGCUCUGUUCCAGCCUCAAAGAGUCAAGCCACCAGAGGAGGGGGAAGUUUUUCCAGUCACGGAGGAUGCAGACUAUAGAGCUAUAACAGGGAUCCAUGUUGCUGGAUUAAGAAGGAGUUUCCGACUCGGUAGAAAGAGCAGCUGGGCCAAAGAAGCUGCUCGGUUCAGGAGAUGGAGCGCCGGGGUACACAGCUCAAUUUGUCCACCUACCUACAUAGAGGUGAUCCCCUACCACAGGGAGCCAAAGGACAGACAUCGAGUGGUCAUCCUGGUUGGGCCCAGCGGCGUUGGCGUUAAUGAACUGAAGAGGAGGCUGCUGAUCUCCGACCCCGACCGCUAUGGCGUCACCGUACCCCACACCACACGGGAGAAGAAAAGGCAGGAAAGCGAAGGUGUGGAUUAUCAUUUUGUGUCAGUCCACAUGUUUGAAGAGCUCAUUCUGAGUCACAGGCUUAUUGAGUAUGGGAGUUACAGAGGUCACUACUAUGGAACGAGUCUAGACUCUGUGCACAGAGUGAUGGCAGAGGGCAAGGUCUGCCUCCUGGAUGUUCACCCCAGUAAAAUAAAGCGUGUGUACACGUCUGAAUUUAAACCAUACGUGGUGUUUGUCAAGCCACCGCGCAUAGAGGAGCUACGCCUCACCAGACGGAGAGCUAAAUUUGUCUGCGAUGAAGAGGAUAUUAACCAAGUCAGGAUCUUUUCAGAGGCGGAUUUUGAGGACAUGAUUGACUUGGCUGAAAACAUGGAGCGCCAGUACGGUCACCUGUUUGACAAGGUGAUUGUUAAUGGAGAUAUCGCCUCUGCGUUCAGAGAGCUGAGGUCAGACCUCGAGAAGAUUCAGGAGGCACGGGUCCAGUGGGUGCCCACAGAGUGGAGCUGCUCCUCACCAACAAAAGCACGGAGAAGCUGUAGUCAUCUGCCCAGCUGGAUUUGAGAUUUAUAUAUGAAGUUAGUAAGAAAAACAAAUUAAUAAAAAUAUAACAUAGCUGUAUGUAAUGUGUCAUUUUAGAACAAACAACAUGGAAGACUGAAUUUCAUAUUUUAAUCCUGGGCUAAACAAAAGCUGCGAUUUCUAAAGUUUUCCAUAUUGUCUUUUGUGCGCAUCCAGUUAGGCAGAAUCCAUUUCUCCACUUCUCUCCAUCUCUCUCUCCCUCCAUCUGUCUCUGCUCCUGCUUUUCUGUUGGCAUUUGGCUGAAAACAUUUCAGUUUGCAGAAGAAGAACAAGAAGAAGGGGGAAAAAAGGAAACUCUCCAGAGCUUGUGGCUGAGUGUAAUGCCUCCCUGCCAAGUCGCAAACAUCAGCAUGUAAUUAUUCUGACAGCUGCUGCACUUCAAUUAACUGUAAUGUACACCAGAGAAAUAUUAUUAGUAGCAGUCAGGGAGGCUUUUUUUUGCCAGCUACAUGCUAUAUGGAGCAGGGACACAAACACGAUAAUAAUCAUAAACUUUUGCUGAAGCAAGAUGAAAAACCGUUUUAUGAUUGCGAACAGCAGAAUGCUGCAAAUACUGCAAAGACCCAAAGGUGCAGCAGGUCCAAUAACUAAUUGUUAAGUGCUCUAUUCUGAAAAUCACCUUUGUUAUAGAACAUUAACCACAACGAGGUGUCUUUUACCCGAAAACAUAUUGAGACAAUUAAAAACAAUUGGCAGAAACUCACCAUUAGUGACACUCCAUUAACAAAUACUCAUAUUUGAGCAUCACAGCUGGUCGUCGGGUACAAAUUUUACUCCUCUCACUCACACAUGGCGGGUAAUCCAAUGUUUUUAUGACUACAUUUCUCUACAGCCGUGGUGUUUCCUUCCUCUUUUUUGGAUGGUGUGCUCAAUUGGGUGUGAAGGAGUGUUAAUGGCUCUAUCAUGUCGUGUUUGCGAGGAAGAGAGAGCAGUGUGAUGUGGGGAGACGGUAAUGGCUUUCAAGGGACGUAGGCCUUCGUAGACGUACGGAGAGAAGUUAUGACAACAUAUAAAAUUGUACUUUAAAAACACAGUGAAGCUAGACGUAGUCGAUCGGGCUGCAGCAGUAAAGGGAGCAUCAUCGAGUCUCAAAUAUUUAUUUGUCUUUGGAAAGCUUAUUGUAAGAGUCAAACAUAACUGAGUGGACGCAGACAGCAUAGAUGCAUCCACUGGUAUGUCUGCAUUUCUUUCUUUCUUAUUUUCUAUUUUAAAUGCAGACUCUCAAGACAACACUCGACACUCUUGCCAGGUCUGAAGCCCAACCUGAGCCAAAGCGUGGCAGUGUAAUUUCAUCACACCGCUGAGAAUCUGCAGGCACCCUCUGAGAUCAUAAUGAUGCCAUUAAAGACACCAGAGUGCUCCAAUGAAAACCCGCCAUUUUAUGUUCAGAGUAGCUCCCACUUCAAACAUUACACAGAAGUAUGAUGUCAAUUGGUCUCGGAUAAUUUGGCUCAGUCGUGUAGCUGUCUAUCUGAAGAAUGUAACAAUAAAUACAACCAAUGUUAAACAACAUCUAGUUUGUUAGCAGGAAACGUUCAUUACUUUUAAACAACCGACACAGUAAAGCACAUGGUAAAAGUAUAUGGAAGAUACACAAACCUAAAGCAGGAAGGGAAAGGUUUUUAGUUUAUUGCAGAAUACUGUAGGUUUAGAGAGUUUGGCUGACUCAUUUGUGCUGACAUUAACCCAAAACAACUUUGCAACACAAAAAUCUCAAAAAGACAAUUUUGCAACCAAUAAAGAAUCAAAUUCGAAUUUUCACCUUAACUUUUUUGCUCUGUUUUGGGUCGACCCACUCCAGAGGCAAAUGGCUAGCUCCUUAGGCGCUAAAUGCUACACUGCAUUCAUGAGCUAGUCACCAAGUUUGUCAGUUCGCUCAAGCAUCAACAGACAUGCUAACGCUUUGUCUUCAUGGCCUUGGGGGGUCCUUAGGGACUAGUAAAGCGCUAUACAAAUACAGGCCAUUUACCAUUUUACCAUUCAUCAGAGCAUAACAUCAUUAGCGUUGAAGAAAUAAUAAUUGAAGAAAUAGACUAAGUUUUAUGCUAGCACUACCUAUUUAUCUUGGCGCUACAGUUAUUUGAUUUUGGUUAGCACCAUGUCUGAAUGUACCGGGGAAAUGCAUCCUCUUCAGAAACUUAAUUUGUCAGUUUAUUGUUAAUUGCUAACUAAUUAGAGUACUUGAGCUGCUUCAUUUCCACUAACUGCAGGCUGUAAACUAAAACAAUUAGCUAAAAACUGCUGAAAUGCUAAAAUAGGACACAGCGCCAGCAGCAUGCAACAGAAUCUACAACAUUUGACAGCGCUAUCAAUAAUUGUCUGUUUGAACCAAACGGAUUAGAAAUAAUAUUAAUAAAAAGAAUGCUUGGUGAUCUGUUUCUCUGCUUCACACUUUACUGGGUGUUUGUCCCUUUGGAUAGGCCUGGAGUUUGUGAACCUGCACGACACAUACACAGACACAAGUGCCAAAGUAUCCAAACAAAGCGAGAUAUAUAUCCUUCCACUUGGAUUUUUUUACAGGUUUCCUGGCUGCCAAAUGUAGGCGUGUUCCCAGCUAAUAUCAACAGUUGAGCCGGUGAACAUAUCACAGAGGGACAGGAGUAAAUGGUGUGAGAUAGCAUGUAGCCUUUUCUGACUGCUGCCGAGGAAUGUGAGCAAGGAAUUUACAGCACCUAACGGGGACGCUUCUGGUACAUGUGUUUUUCAGCUUUGAAAGCACUGAAACUCAACCUCCCCCGCUGAUAGUCCUGAAUUAUGAAUGUGGAUGGGACUUUUUAGAGUGCUUUAAUACACCGAACAAGUGCUACUUGGAUUUUAGCCACAAUUUCCAAAGUUUAAAUUGCAGCCAGGAUGACCAAAACCCCAUUUUAUCACAAAUGUUUGCUUAAAGAUUAUUAAGUUAUGAUUGUGCAUGGCAAAGUCAUCAGUGUAUAUCCAAACACUCUUACAUAAGAGUGUUUAGAGGAAAAACAUACGUGAAUUACAGCUUAAGCCGAGCCAUCCAGUCUUCAAAUACUGGGCUCAGAGCCCACAUGUUGUCAUUUAGUUACACUAAUGAUGAUGUUAGAGUUCCUUCAGAAUGAGUUUCCAUAAUUAUUUACAGUCCCGGUUGCUCAAAAAUGGGAACCCACACUGACAAAUAUGCGCAUUAUCUUUGGAUUAACCCUAUUCACAGUGCAAAGGGAUGCAAUGCAGUCCUGACACUCAAAUAAAUACGUAGACUUUAAAAACUUUAAACCCCAGACGCAAUACAAACUCAUAAUUACACACACACAGUUUAAUGUCAUU